GACGGCGGUUGGCUCUGACUCAGUGAAAACAAGAAGGGGGCGAAUCUUAACUGACAGGCGUUCCCGGCUACCAUAGUAGCUGUAACUGGCAGCCAAACUGAAGACAUGUGUGGAAUCUUUGCAUAUCUCAACUACCAUGUGCCGAGGACUCGUCGUGACAUCCUUGAGAUCCUCCUCAAAGGACUGCAUCGACUGGAGUACAGAGGCUACGACUCAGCCGGUGUGGGAAUUGAUGGUGGCAAUGGCAAGGACUGGGAGACAAAUGCCAAGUCCAUCCAACUGAUCAAGCAACGUGGGAAAGUGAAGAUGCUAGAUGAGGAGAUCAACAAGCAGCAGGAUAUCGACCUGGAUGUGGAGUUUGAUGUCCAUCUGGGCAUUGCUCACACCCGCUGGGCCACCCACGGUGUGCCAAGCCCAGUUAACAGCCAUCCACACCGAUCCGACAAGACCAAUGAGUUCAUUGUCAUUCACAAUGGAAUCAUCACCAAUUACAAAGACCUGAGGAAAUUCUUGGAGAGCAAAGGCUACGAGUUUGAGUCAGAGACUGACACCGAGAGCAUUGCCAAGCUGGUGAAGUACAUGUUUGACAACAGGGAGAGUAACGACAUCAGUUUCGCAACACUGGUGGAACGAGUGACCCAGCAGCUGGAAGGCGCUUUUGCCCUGGUCUUCAAGAGCGUCCACUACCCCGGAGAGGCAGUCGGCACAAGGAGGGGAAGUCCCCUGCUGAUGGGAGUGAGGAGUGAUCACAAGCUGUCCUCAGAUCAUAUUCCUGUGGUCUACCGCUCCACCACGAAAGAUAAGAAGGGCUGCACUGCCCUACCCAGGUCGGACCGGGACACCUGCUUGUUCCCUGUGGAUGAAAAAGCAGUAGAGUACUACUUUGCCUCUGACGCAAGCGCAGUGAUCGAGCACACAAACCGGGUGAUCUUCCUGGAGGACGACGAUGUGGCCGCCGUGGUGGAAGGCCGCCUGUCCAUCCACAGGAUAAAGCGUACGGCCGGAGACUAUCCAGCCCGCGCCAUCCAGACCCUGCAGAUGGAGCUGCAGCAGAUCAUGAAGGGCAACUACAGCUCCUUCAUGCAGAAGGAGAUCUUUGAGCAGCCUGAGUCUGUGGUCAACACCAUGAGGGGGAGAAUCAACUUCAACGACAACACAGUGACCCUGGGUGGACUGAAGGACCACAUCAAAGAGAUCCAGAGGUGUCGGCGGUUGAUCCUUAUUGCCUGCGGGACCAGCUACCACGCAGGGGUGGCGACCCGGCAGGUCCUGGAGGAGCUGACCGAGCUGCCGGUCAUGGUGGAGCUGGCCAGUGACUUCCUGGACAGAAACACCCCCGUCUUCCGAGACGACGUCUGCUUCUUCAUCAGCCAGUCAGGGGAGACUGCAGACACCCUCAUGGCCCUGCGCUACUGUAAGGAGAGAGGAGCUCUGACCGUUGGAAUCACAAACACCGUGGGCAGCUCCAUCUCCAGGGAGACCGACUGCGGAGUCCACAUCAACGCUGGGCCUGAGAUCGGAGUGGCCAGCACCAAGGCGUACACCAGCCAGUUCGUGGCCCUCAUCAUGUUUGCGCUGUUGAUGUGCGACGACAGGAUUUCCAUGCAGCCUCGACGCCGAGAGAUAAUCCAGGGCCUGAGAGUCCUCCCAGAUCUGAUAAAGGACGUGCUCGGUUUGGAUGAUGAGAUCCAGAAGUUGGCGAUAGAGCUGUACGAGCAGAAGAGCGUCCUGAUUAUGGGCAGAGGCUACCAUUAUGCUACCUGCCUGGAAGGAGCUCUGAAAAUCAAGGAAAUCACGUACAUGCAUUCAGAGGGCAUUAUGGCUGGAGAGCUGAAGCACGGCCCCCUGGCUCUGGUGGAUAAACUCAUGCCGGUGAUUAUGAUCAUCAUGAGAGACCACACCUACACCAAAUGUCAGAACGCACUGCAGCAAAUUGUUGCCCGCCAGGGCCGCCCCAUUGUGAUCUGCGAUAAAGACGAUUACGAGACCGCCAAGAACUCGAGCCGCACCAUCAAAGUGCCUCACUGCGUGGACUGCCUGCAGGGCGUCCUGAGCGUCAUCCCGCUGCAGCUGCUGUCCUUCCACCUGGCCGUCCUCCGAGGUUACGACGUGGACUGUCCAAGAAACCUGGCCAAGUCUGUGACCGUAGAGUGAGUCUCCACAUUCAUCACACAACACCAGGAGCCAGGCGGACACACACAGACGGCGAGGGAGCGCCUGUAUGCAGACAGCAAGAGAAAACAACGUCUCUGUCCUGGCUAUUUUUAAUGCAAUCUUUUACCCAACAGUUGUGUAUCCCACUGUUGCAUAUAAUGUGUGUCUCACGGUCUAUAUUUUCCUAGAAUCAAUUGUCAUUGUUGUCAUUUAACUGUUAGAGAAGCAGUCGUCUGUGGUGGUGAGGUCUGGGCUGGUGGUCUUCAUUACGCUCUGUUUGUGAAGCCGUAGCAACUGACGGUUACCAUUUGGGUGUUUUUUGUUUCAUAUUUAUUUGUGCUGAUCAGCAUCACCAGGAGCUGCUGUUAUGACAGAAGUUGGGUUUUAAAGACCUUCAUGGCUCUUGUUUUCUCUUCCUUUCGUGCAAUGAUUUGUUUAGAGAUCUUUUCUUUGGCAGCUAGUCAUUUGAAGUGUCUUUACUCGUUAGUAAAUCACCGCCUUAAAUCAUUCCAAGCCACAGGUCAUCACUUCUUCGUAAUUGCAGUGCAGUUGGCCAGUUUUCACUCUGUUACUGUCUUUCUUCUGAGGACUCGUAUCUUAAUACAGGAGCAGCAUAACAAAUUAGAUCACAGACAAACCUUGAGAUACACUGCUGUGAAGAAGGUCCUCUUGGGUAGGUUACACAAGUUUGUCCUUUGUACAAACACGGCAUUUCAAAUAUUAAACCCUAGUCUUGGUGGGAUUGGUUUGAGAGAAAAAGCCUUUUACUCUGCCGCCUGCACCAGAGUGUGAGAAUUUGUUACCUCACUCUCUCUGCUUUUACUUCAAAGCUUUUUCUGCAUAUAAUGAUUCUUAAACUGACGUUAUUGCUGAGGUACGGUCUCAAGUUUACAUUUGAUUAAAAUGAGAUGAAGUUACGAACAUGGAGUAGAAGUUUCACACACUUUCCAGCCCACACCUCUCCACCACGACCCCUGCACCAUUGGGACCAUUUGUAGCUAACCUUUUUCUUUUCUUAUUUCAUUUUCUUUUCGUUUUCUUAAAGGAGUUUUAUAUUAUUGAAGUUACUCUGAUUUAAAAUGUGAAUGUUACUGUCGAUUGCAAUGUCCUGUCAUACCAAAAAUCUCUUUGGUAGUUGCAAACCAAAACAUAUAUAUUUUAUAUGUUCAUCGUAUAUUGUAGCCGAACGUGUACUGAUGUUGGUAGAUUGUGGCAUAGAGACAUGCUUUGAGGCCUACCGGGGACAUGUAUAGUUGUAUGGCAGUGUGUCAUGCUGCAGAUGUUUAUUUAGAUAAAGUCAGCUGUGUGUGUGUGUGUGUGUGUAAUCCCAAAUGUCUGUUUUGGAAAGGGAGACCUUGUACACACAUAUAGUGAAGAAAUAGAAGCUGCUUGUUUGCUUUCCUUUUUUUCCUCUCUCUAAGUCAUCACCUAUUAGGUUCAAAACAUAUUUAUCUUGCUUUUGCAAUCAAGCCUUAACUUUUCCUUUCUCCACCCCUUCAUUGAGUUCCUCCUGAACCAGUAUACGGUUUUGAAAACUGGACACCGUUACAGGUCAGUGGCGUAGCUAGGCCUAUUUUAGGUGGGCUAAAGCUUGAAAACCUAGCUACGCACCUGUUACAUGUACUUAAAAAAACACAAACAUGCUGUUAGAAGAUUUAGAUUGCUUGACUGGAGACAAAAGAUGCUGCACUGAAUCCUAGCAACAUCUCAUAGGUUACUGAGGGAGUGGGGCCCUAUUUAUUAGUGGAACCGAUGCAAUAAAGUGUCUAUAGUACUUCC